AAGAACCCUAGUUUCUCUCGUAUUCCGCCGCCGAGAUGUUCCUCCGCCGCAUUAUCCUCGGCCUCUCAAAGUCUUCAUCACCAAUCUCAAAUCAUAACUUCUGCACGGCCGCCGCCACCGUGGCGCGGUACCCACUGGGGAAAGACAUCUGGGAUCUGACCGAUGAGCUGAUCGAGGAAGUUAAACCGGAGUGUAUCUCUCUCGUAACCGGGCGGCCGCUUUCUCUACGGUACAGAGUCGAAACGAUGAUUGAGCUAUCAGAUCUUGACGGAGCGGCUGAGUUGGCUCGUCUCGCAGUCUUGAAAAAGCUUCGUGGUCGUCCGGACGCAGUCCUCGUAUGCAACGCCGUGAUCGGAGCCAUGUGCGACGAGAAACGUUACUUUGACGGGAUCUCUCUGUUCCAUUACUUCUUCAACGUGUCUAACAUGGUCCCUAACAUCGCCUCCUUCAAUCUCGUGAUCAAAGCCUUGUGUGACCAAGGUCGUUUCGACGACGCCCUGCAACUGUACCGUCACGCAGCUCCAUUCGGUGCUGACAGACAGACAUACAGGCUGUUGGCUGAAGCCUUGGUCAAAGCCUAUGAUCCCGAUGAAGCUUACAACUUUUUGGACAUAACAGAUGCGGAAGACGAUGAUAUGCUCACGGUGAUUUUGCUUCGCGGGCACUUGGCUAUCGAAGAUGUUGAUGAUCACUCCCAAGACGAGUGGCUCGAUUGGUACAAGGGUAAAAAAGCUUUUGAUUGGGUUGCUACGACAUUUGUGGAUUACUGGUUCAAACAUGGCAAGGACGAGAAAGCUAUCAAGUGUUAUAGGCUUAUCCCUCAGGGGAAAUGUCUGUGUACGACCACUGGGAACAAUCUCUUGACAAUUUUGCUAUCCAAUGGUAAGAAAACAGAGGCUUGGGAGUUGUUCAACAAGAUGAUGAAGACCAAUUGCUUGGAUUCAGAGACGGUAAAUGUAAUGGUGGACGAGUGUUUCAAGAAGGGCGAGUUUAAGGAGGCCAUGGAGACAUUCAACAAGUCACAAGAGGGAAAGAGAAUGGCUAGGUGUUAUAGUAACACGGUGGCUCGACUGUGCGAGCAUGGGAUGGUGUCGGAGGCAGAGGGGUUGUUUGAGGAAAUGAGCUCGUACAAGGACUUGUCUCCUGACGUGGCCACAUUCAGAUCGAUGAUAGGUGGAUAUGUUCGUGCUGGAAGAGUCGAUGAUGCCCUCAAUACCUCGAGAAAAUUGGCUAUUUUGAACCUACGCAAGGUUUCUUUCUAUCGCGAUCCACAAAAAGUUUCAGCUACAAUGGCAGAGAUUUCGUUUUUGGUUUUAACAACUCUCGUCGUUUUUUCAUGGGCUCUUUCGAUCGGUAAUUGUCUUCAAGAUUCUCGGUUGGACAAUUAUGGAAGCUUUUUCACGGUCUCGAGCUUCAGGUACCCUGAAUCCCAAGUCAGACCCUACGAUACACGUUACAUCAGAGUUGAUUUGCCUCCAUGGUUCUCAUCAUUGAAUGUUGCUAUCGAAUCUGAUGUAGACAUCACUGCAAAGAGCAUUUCGAAGAUUUCGAAAAGUCUUCUUCCUGUUAUUUGCUUUAGAGAUGGUAGUCCUCCUCUGCCUGAUGCCUCAACCAACGCUCUUGAAGGUUUAGAGCUAGGACGGUUCUUCAAUGGAUCUUUCCAAGGAGCUGAAGAUAUUGAGAUUUCUGAACAGUGUUAUCCUAUGCAGAAGAACAUAUCCUUGAGAUUGACCAAUGAACAGAUAUCACCGGGAGCUUGGUAUAUUGGUCUUUUUAACGGAAUUGGGGCUACGAGGACUCAGGGGAAAAUGAUUGUUCGCUCCUCUGCGUUUUCAUUUAGUGCCAACAUUAGUGUUGAAGGUUGUAAAACCGCUACAAUGUGGGGGCCUUCCUGCAACCAGACUAUUUAUCCGCUUUCAUGUUCUCGGUUCGAUAACCAGACAGGAAGUGUUAUUUCUUGCUCUGAUUCUAUUCCUAGUUCUUGUCUGACCCAUGCUGAAACAAAGACAUAUGCUUUAGAUGUAGAUGGGAUAGCUGAACAAUUAGUUAUUAUGGCAUCCAAUGUCAAAGUAGAUUCCAAUGAAAGUUAUCUCAUGUGUUACGCCCGUUUUGGAGCCAUUGCUUCAGAGACUCUGCAUGAUUACGCUGGUGAUAUACAUAAAGUUCCCUUAGUUGUUAACAAACCGAAAGCUGGUCGAUGGUAUAUCGUUAUUAGUUUAUCUGGACGGGAGAACCGGUUUGUACAGGGCACAAAUUCUGGUUCUAGGGUCUGCUUUUCAAUUAAUGUUAAAGUACUCGGAUGUCCCGUAGGAAAAGCAGGACCAAAUUGUGGGCAGCAAAUCUACAUGCUUCAGGCAGUUAUGAGGAGGGGAUGGUUGACACCUUUUGAAUCAUAUUAUUUUCCGGUCAAUGACGCUUCACCUUCAGGCUCGAGCACAGAUUUCCCCCUCGAACCCAUCGUCAGCAACUUUUCCUCUAUUCCAGAAUUAGACACAAGCACAUGGACUUAUUUUCUCAUGAACAUCCCUCAAGGAGGUUCUGGUGGGCAUAUCCAUUUCAGAUUAACAUCAGAUUCCACAAUGCAAUAUGAAGUAUAUCUUAGAUUUGGUGGAUUGCCCACUAUUGACGACCGGGAUUAUUAUUAUGUAAAUCGAACAAGUGCCAGCCGCUCAAUGUUCUUCUCAUUGUAUAAUUCUAGCCAAGAAAAGGUUGAUUUCUACAUCUUGUAUGCUCGAGAAGGAACAUGGUCAUUUGGUUUAAGGCAGCUCAUUGACUCUAAUACUCCUGCUGCUUCCAGAGGUCCACCUACUCUAGUAUCUCUUUCUCUCGAAAGAUGCCCGAGAAGGUGUUCGUCUUAUGGGCAAUGCCGAUAUGCUUUUGACGCUAGUGGAUUGACAUCUUACAGCUUUUGUUCUUGUGACAGAACCCACGGAGGCUUUGACUGCAGCAUUGAAAUUGUGUCACACCAAGAACAUAUUGUUCAGUCUAUUGCUCUCAUUGCAUCAAAUGCAGCGGCUCUUUUGCCAGCUUACUGGGCUCUUCGGCAGCGGGAGUAUCCAGAGUGGGUUCUGUUCACAUCCAGCGGAAUCUCGAGCGCUCUGUAUCAUGCAUGUGAUGUAGGCACCUGGUGUGUUUUAAGUUACAACGUUUUACAGUUCAUGGAUUUCUGGCUCUCUUUCAUGGCGGUGGUUGGUACCUUUGUGUACUUAUCCACUGCUGGUGAAGCAGUUAAGAGGACAAUACACACAGUUGUUGCCAUUGUCACAGCUUUAUUGGCCUUGACUCAAGCAACAAGGGCGUCAAAUAUUAUCAUUGUGUUAGCAAUCGGUUCACUCGGUCUCCUCAUCGGAUUUUUGGUAGAAUUUGUUACCAAGUAUCGAUCAUACUGCGGGUCGGCUGGAUUUUCAUUGAACAUGCUCAACAGGCCACGGGCAGUCAAAGAAUGGUUUAGUAAUUUGAUCAAGACGCUCAAGAAACGGUUUCGUUGGGGCUUUGUGGCAGCUGGUCUUGUAGCCUUCACCAUGGCAGCCGUAAGUUUCAAAGUAGAAACCAGUUCGAGCUACUGGAUUUGGCACAGUAUUUGGCAUUUCACAAUCUACACAUCUUCCUUCUUCUUCCUCUGUUCGAAGAUUGCAAUUGUAAAUAACGAGAACCUAGCCCACAACGGAGCUGACAACUACGAGUUAACAAGGCAAGACUCGCUACCAAGAAACUAAGAAAAGCAUAAAGAGAGAGGCUUUUACUGAAUUUUUCUGUAUCUUGUACUAUAUACCAACCAAAGAAGUUUUAGAACAGAACAAGACAUGGUGAUGGGUAAAUAUUCAGGUUUUUUCUCUCCCUUACUUAGAUUCUUUCAAUAUGGAAUCUGAACCUCACUGUCAACUUGUGUCUGUAAUCAUGUAUGUUUAUACACUCAUAGUGACAUAAAAAGAUAACUGGAGU